CGGGGAGGGGGAGCCAAUCCCGGCAGUGCCGAAGGGGGAGGCAGCGGUGACAGCCUCGAGGAGGGGGCGGGAGGAGAGGCGGCUUGGCUCAGGCUCUGUGCUCAGCUCCACUUGAGCUCCGGGUCUGCGCUCACCUGCUACCCAAGCCUUCCGCUACCCCCGGUGAACCUUGGACCCCCUCCUCUGCCCCAAACUCAGCCCCAACCCGAACUCUCCCAACCCUCAGUCCCAGCCCCGACUGCGCGCUACGCCACCAGGGGGCGCCGUGUGAGCACCCGGCCCCGGCCACCCGGCACCCCCUCCCCCUGGUCCAGGCGGGACGGGAGGGGGUUGCCGGGGGCCAUGCGGGGCCAGGGCCGCAAAGAGAGUUUGUCCGAUUCCCGAGACCUAGACGGCUCCUACGACCAGCUCACAGGCCACCCUCCAGGGCCCACUAAAAAAGCGCUGAAGCAGCGGUUCCUCAAGCUGCUGCCGUGCUGCGGGCCCCAAGCUCUGCCCUCAGUCAGUGAAACAUUAGCCGCCCCAGCCUCCCUCCACCCAUACAGACCCCGUCCGCUGGACCCAGACAGUGUGGAGGAUGAAUUUGAAUUGGUUACUGUAUGUCACCGACCCGAGGGUCUGAGGCAGCUGCAGGAGCAAACCAAGUUCACACGAAAGGAGUUGCAGGUCCUGUAUCGGGGCUUCAAGAAUGAAUGUCCAAGUGGAAUUGUCAAUGAGGAGAACUUCAAGCAGAUUUACUCCCAGUUCUUUCCUCAAGGAGACUCCAGCACCUACGCCGCUUUUCUCUUCAAUGCCUUUGACACCAAUCAUGAUGGGUCAGUCAGUUUUGAGGACUUUGUGGCUGGUUUGUCAGUGAUUCUUCGGGGAACCAUAGACGACAGGCUAAACUGGGCCUUCAACCUGUAUGACCUCAACAAGGAUGGUUGCAUCACCAAGGAGGAAAUGCUUGACAUCAUGAAAUCCAUCUAUGACAUGAUGGGCAAAUACACAUACCCUGCACUCCGGGAAGAGGCCCCAAGGGAACAUGUGGAGAGCUUCUUUCAGAAAAUGGAUAGGAACAAGGAUGGUGUGGUGACCAUUGAAGAGUUCAUUGAAUCUUGUCAAAAGGAUGAGAAUAUCAUGAGGUCCAUGCAGCUCUUUGACAAUGUCAUCUAAUUCCCCAGGAGAGGGGUUCAGUGUGUCCUGGGUGGACCAUGCUCUAGCCCUUGUCCAGGUGGACAUCACCCUUCUCUUCCCAGGUCUGUCCCCAUCCAAGCCUUGCCCUGGGGGCUGUAGGGAACCAAGAACCUGGGAAUAUAGUAACCCAGAUCACCAGAGGUGAGGGGGGGUUAAGGAAUGAGCAGAGUACAUCU